AUGGAUUAUGUUUAUGCUGUAAUGAGUGAGAUGGAAAGGAAAUUAGACAGGCCUAUUAGGGACUUGGAUGACGUACGUAUGGUAAUGGAAACUCUUAAGAAAAUCAGGGAUCAAGAGGUUGAUAUGGAAUUGAGUAUUGAACCUAUAGAGGAAGCCUUUAAUAUACUGACCAGAUAUGAAUUACCAGUUGAUAAAGAAAUUUUGGAAAAAGUGGAUAAUCUACGCUACACUUGGCAACAGUUGCUGUCACGGGCAAUGGGAGUUAAUACACUGCUUCUUGAAAUGCAACCAGCAUUCCAAGAAGAAUUACAAAAUAAUCUUGAAAAAUUCAGGCAAGACAGUGAAGAAUAUUGUUUACAAUACCGAACUUCUGGUCCUAUGAGCCCUGGCCUCUCCCCCAGGGAAGCGAGUGACAGAUUGAUCAUGUUUCAGAAUCGCUUUGAUGGGAUGUGGCGAAAACUACAAGCUUACCAAAACGGAGAAGAACUUUUUGGUCUUCCUAAUACUGAUUAUCCAGAACUUGGCCAAAUAAGAAAAGAACUUAACUUGUUACAAAAAUUAUACAAGUUGUAUAAUGAUGUAAUUGACCGAGUUAGUAGCUAUUAUGAUAUUCCUUGGGGUGAAGUCAAUAUUGAAGAUAUUAAUAAUGAAUUAAUGGAAUUUCAAAAUAGAUGUAGAAAAUUACCCAAAGGUUUGAAGGAAUGGCCAGCUUUCCAUGCAUUAAAAAGAACUAUAGAUGAUUUCAAUGAUAUGUGUCCAUUGUUAGAAUUAAUGGCUAACAGAGCUAUGAAACCCAGGCAUUGGCAGAGAAUAAUGGAAGUUACCAAGCACACAUUUGACUUGGACAGUGAUGAUUUCUGUUUGAAACAUAUAUUAGCUGCUCCAUUGUUGAAAUAUAAAGAGGACAUUGAGGACAUUUGUAUAUCAGCAAUGAAAGAAAAAGACAUUGAAGCUAAACUGAGACAAGUUACUAAUGAAUGGUCAAUUCAUGAGCUCACUUUUAUGACUUUUAACAACCGUGGUGAAUUAUUAUUGAGAGGUGAUACUACAGCAGAAACUAUUGGUCAACUAGAAGAUAGUCUUAUGGUCCUUGGGUCUCUUUUAUCUAAUCGGUAA